GUGGGGCUAGGGUAGAGCCUGAGGAUUAGGGAGGGACCCUGAGCCUUUCAGGCAGGAACGAAGUCUUCCUCUAUUUAAGAGGAGGCAGUCAGAGCCUCGGGUAGUACUGUGCUACUGCAGGUUCUCCUUCCACCCUCCUCAUGACUACUCCCACACAGCCAUGUGGGGAGCCUUCUUGCUGCUGCUGAGCCUCAAACUGCAGUUGUCUCUUAGCAUCAUCCCAGUGGAGGAGAAGAACCCAGACUUCUGGAACCAAAAAGCGAAGGAGGCCCUGGAUGUUGCCAAGAAGCUGCAGCCCAUUCAGACAUCAGCCAAGAACCUCAUCAUCUUCCUGGGGGACGGCAUGGGGGUGUCCACAGUGACAGCUACUCGGAUCCUAAAGGGACAGUUGAAUGGUCACCUAGGACCUGAGACACCCCUAGCCAUGGACCACUUCCCAUAUAUGGCUCUGUCCAAGACGUACAACACAGACAUGCAGAUCCCGGACAGCGCAGGCACAGCCACAGCCUUACUCUGCGGCGUCAAAACGAAUUUCAAGGUCAUUGGCUUGAGUGCAGCUGCAUACUUUGACCAGUGUAACACAACAUGGGGCAAUGAGGUCAUCUCUGUGAUGCAUCAUGCUAAGAAAGCAGGAAAGUCUGUGGGAGUGGUGACCACCACAUCGGUGCAGCACGCCUCUCCAGCUGGCACCUACGCACACACAGUGAACCGUAAUUGGUACUCGGAUGCAGAAAUGUCGGUCUCGGCACUGCAGGAGGGCUGCAAGGACAUCUCUAUACAGCUCAUCUCCAACACGGACAUUGAUGUGAUCCUCGGUGGUGGCCGCAAAUUCAUGUUUCCCAAGGGGACGCCAGACCAGGACUAUCCAGCUAACCCUGGCCAGGCUGGAACCAGGCUGGAUGGACGCAACCUAGUUCAAGAGUGGCUGGCAAAGCACCAGGGGGCCCGGUAUGUUUGGAACCGCACGGAGCUCAUUCGGGCAUCCAUGGAUCCAUCUGUGACACAUCUCAUGGGCCUCUUUGAGCCGGAAUUCAUGAAAUAUGACAUCUACCGAGACCCAUCCCAGGACCCUUCCCUGGCGGAGAUGACAGAGGUGGCCGUGCGCAUGCUCAGUAGGAACCCCCAUGGCUUCUAUCUCUUUGUGGAAGGGGGCCGCAUCGACCAUGGCCACCAUGAAUCUAUAGCGUAUCAUGCACUGACUGAAGCGGUCAUGUUCGACUCUGCUGUUGACAAGGCGAAUAGGCUCACCAGUGAGCAGGACACGAUGAUCCUUGUCACCGCUGACCACUCCCACGUCUUCUCUUUUGGUGGCUACACAUAUAGGGGGACCUCCAUCUUUGGUCUUGCUCCCUUCAAGGCUCAGGAUGGCAAAUCCUUUACCUCGAUCCUAUACGGCAACGGGCCCGGCUACAGGCUCCAUAAUGGUGUCCGGGCAGAUGUCACUGAUGAGGAGAGCAGCAACUUCUCGUACCAGCAGCAGGCAGCUGUGCCCUUGGCCAGCGAGACCCAUAGUGGCGAGGACGUGGCGGUAUUCGCGCGUGGCCCGCAGGCGCACCUAGUGCACGGAGUGCAAGAGCAGAACUACUUCGCGCACGUCAUGGCCUUCGCAGGCUGCCUGGAGCCCUACACCGACUGCGGCCUGGCGCCCCCUGCCGGCCAGAGCGGCGCAGCGAGCCAGGGCCAGACCACGCAGCUGUUCGUGUUGGCGGGAACAAUGCUGAUGCUGCUGGUGGUAGCUAAACCCUGA